AGUUCCAUCUUCUUGGGAUAUCACUACCAGAAAUUAUUUUAAUCAAUAACGGGAAUCCAUUAGAGAAGCUCAGACGCGUUUCUUAUUACCUCAAAAGUGAAGAUUAUAAAGUGAAGUGGUUAAGUGAUUGGGUGAGCUGAUGUCGUAACCACUGUAUAAUGCGGGGUUGAUCCUUUGAGAAGUUUGUGCCUGGAUUACGCUUUUUCCGGUGGAAUAUAAAGUUGAAUUCUGUAGUUCUAGAGUGCGGAGACGCAGUUCUGCCGAACGAAGAGUGAGUUAUUAGUGGCACCAAGAGGUUCUCCUUGAUUGAAUGGAGGAUGGCAAGGAAAAUACCGUUUAAUGUUGUAUUCGCCUCAGGUGAGGAUCCAGACUUUCCAGCUAGCGAAUUAAAUACGCAUGGUCCGACGGUGCAUGGUUGGCGAAGCCCACCUGAAAGCGCAACUACUCCAUUCGAUAUUAUCCUGAGGUUCCAGAAGCCGGCGAAAAUAUGUCGAAUCCAAGUCCUUGCCCAUCAGUAUUUGAUUCCCCAAAAAAUCGAAUUAUGGCUCCACUAUUCACCAAAAAGCAUGCCCAGUACUCCAUCAAGUCAAUGUUUCGAUUAUCUAGGAUUCGUUGCAUUAUCAGAUAAUUCAUCGACCAAUUUCAAAUCCCGCGAGUUGCAGAGUGUCACGGUAUCUCCAAGGAAUGGGACUCAUCUGAAACUUCGCCUUGGACCGCCACAUAAAAAUGAAUACAAUACAAUGGGGCAAGUGGCUUUGAUAGCAAUUAAUGUUCUUGGAGAGAUAAUCGAGAAGCCAGAAGAAGGUUCAGAGUCUGCAUCGACAGCAGGAGCUGCACCUCUUUCUGAUUCGAAUGAAAACGCUCUUGCGUCAAUAUGUGAUGAUUUACUAUUUUCUAUGUAUGUUGAGGAGAGUAUUGCAGAUAUUAUAAGGGAAAUGGAGCGGAAGAAAGGGAAGGCUGUUAAUGAUGAAAGGUUCGAGUAUGCAAGGAAGCUUAAACUAUGUAUGACUGCACUAAGGAAUGCUGGUGAAAGGUUAGGUCGAUAUUCUUUGGCUAAACGACAGGCUGUUCAACAGGAAGACUUCACAACCGCUAAACUACGUAAGGAACAAAUAGAGAUGUAUAGGGAUUCAGUUCUAAAGCACCUAGAGACCGAUAAACUGUUAGAGAAAAAUGGAGUCCUAAGUGAAAACGAUGAAUGCUCUGACCUUUAUUCGUCCAAGCCCACAUUGCCGUCCCCGCCUAGUCUUCAGGAUGUCGCAAACCUACUGGCCGAAGCACAUUUUGCCGCGACUCUAAGCCCAAAAAGUCAACAUGACGAUAAAUCUUCAACAGAUGGAGGAAGUUCCAGUCAAACAACCGACACACAUCCUUCGACUAGCCAAUCUACGAAACGUUCCCACGAUGAAAUUCCUAAUUCACCACAACUCAGCCGAAUCGGGCGAAGUCCAAAUCGAGGUUCACCAAUCUCAAGCCAAGGUUCCUUACGUAGACGCAACAAAAGCGCCCCCAAAAAUAGCUAUGAAGACUAUGAAGAACGAGCCAUCCCAGCCCUGAGACAGGAAUGUCAAGGUACCGCGCUGUUGGAUAGCGAUCCCAAUCGAGGCAGGUCACGAUUAAAUGAUCGCGAACGAAGACAGGCAGCGCUUCCGAUUUUGGUGUUUGGAAUCGAUUUGGUUGAACAAUUUUACUCCCGCCAAUUUCAAGAUCGUGAAGAUGGUCUUGUUCGCCUGAGAAAUUUUCUAAGAGGCCAAGAGGGCGACUAUACAGCUGGUGCCAAUAAAAUAGCACGUAGUGCAGCCUUGCUGCUUCAUCGCGCAGUCCGUGACGCGGUCUAUUCUGUCUUCAGCCAAGCAACAGAAACCGUUCGAGUGCUCUUUCUUGAGUUUGUCCCAAGUCGGGUUUCUCCAAAUGAAGUAGCACGCUGUGUUGACCGACUUCUUCCAGAGCUUUUGGCAAAGAGUGGCGACCCUUCGGCACGUAUUCACACUCUAGCUCAGCACACAAUACUCAGUAUAGCCGCCUGCCCGGAAGUAAGAGAACAGCAUCUUGUUGCACCGGCCUUGUCACGGACUGUUGGAUCGGGAACUCAUCCACGAUUGGCCUUAAGUAGAAUGCAAAUGUUGGAGCAGUUGGUUCUGAGCCAAGGAAUUAGCACGGAUAAACAAAGCGGCUUAACCUGUCGAGCCUUAUCUGAGUGUGGAUGCUCUGGCAUACACCAUCCAGCUGAACCUGUGAGAAAAGUAGCUGAACGAGUCCUUCUCCUGGUGUAUAAGCUCAAUCCAAGACUAGUUAGAAAACAGCUUCCUCCGGAUGACGAUAUAACCAGGCGCAACUUACUUUAUCGGCAACUGUUCACGGAAUUCGAUAAACUUGAUAUGCAGCGCAAAAAGGAAAUGCUGGAAGCGAAUAAACAAUGUGCGGGCAAUGGAGGUGGUGGAAAUAACCCAGCGUCACCCUCAUCAAAUCGCAGUGAGAAACAAGGCCUUUCACCGAACGAGCUUAAAUCUAAAAAUAAUCGUAGUAACUUUAAUUUUCAAUCGAGACCACAGGAUGCCCAGUCGAGUCCGAUGCGACGUUCUGAGACACGCAUCCUUAAAAGUAAAAGUGGUCAUUCGAUAAAUGAUACAGAGAAUGGAACAGUGAAUGGAAAGCAAGAAUAUAAUGAGAAAGUGAAACAAACCAUGAAUUCACAGGGAUCGAGGAAGAGUUCAAAUUCGAAUUCGGAGUCACUAGAGGAACCAGAAACAAUACGGUGCCCGUUUUGUGAUUGGACCGGACAUGGAGAUCAAAGCUUGCUCGACAAACACUACUGGAAAGUUUGCCCAUUUCUUACUAAAUGUCCGCAAUGCAGUCAGGUCCUGGAAGUUGCAGCGCUAAACUAUCAUUUAACAAAUGAAUGUGAGGCAAAGGCGAACUAUAUCUCGUGUGAACGCUGUACGGAGUCAGUCCAUAAAGGGUUGUAUGAGUUGCACUUGAUGGAAGAUUAUUGUCGAGAAAUUCGGACGGGGGCUGCUCGUUGCCCGCUGUGUCACGAUGACGUCCACCUUCCCUUGGACGGUGGCUGGAAAUUACAUUUACUCAGCAUAUCCGGUUGUCCGGGUAAUGCAAGACGAAGAUCAAAAAUUUAAAACCCAAACAAUUGGAGGUAGAUUACGCUGCAAUUUGAAUUGUACUUAGGGAUCUGAGUCCUUUCUAUUACUGCUGAGAAAACAUUUGAAAAUGCUCUUGCCUUUUUAAGAAUAUAAAAAAUAUGAAUUCUAGGGAAAUGUGCAAUUUUACAACUAUUUUAUUAUUAAAAUUAAAAUAAAUGAAACUGAACAGUGUCUCCUCAGCGCUUCAUAAUCGGAACUAAAAAGGACGAACAGUUAACUUAGUUAAUGUGAAUUUUUUUCUAUGUAUGCGAAUCGAUUUUUGUACACUUAGUUAAAUGUGGCAUGUAGAGAGGUUGUAGGAAUUUGUAUGAGAUUUAGUUAAUUACAGAAUAUUAGCAAGCAAAAAUUAGAUACUUUCAUGUAGUUCGAAUGGAGUAAAAAAUUUGAAGAUGUACCCCAACAAAAACGGAGUUCCAUUCAGUGACGCUGAACCUCAGGACCUAGUCCUCUUAACGCUGUCAAACUGACUCCUUUUAUCGAACUACCUGAACGUGACCUACAUCAAUGUAUUAUGGUGCAAUUAAUUUAGAUAUGUUAGAUUUGUUUAGUAUAUUUUAUGGGAAUUACAAGCAGGUUUGCAUCGUACAAUCUUGUUUUUAGUUCGUUUUUAAAUGUUCCCUUUUUUAUCCUAGUGAUUGCAAAAUAAUUCUGAACAUUGUUUUCGAGAGUAACUUUUUACAUAAAUAAAAUCUAAUAUGAAAUUUA